CUUUGCUUCCCGCUCCCCUAGGCUCGGCUGGAGCGGGACUUGAGCAACAAGAAAAUCUACCAAGAGGAGGAGAUGCCCGAAUCGGGCGCGGGCAGUGAGUUCAACCGCAAGCUUCGGGAGGAGGCUCGGAGGAAGAAGUACGGCAUCGUCCUCAAGGAGUUCCGGCCCGAGGACCAGCCCUGGCUGCUCCGGGUCAACGGCAAAUCUGGCAGGAAGUUCAAGGGCAUCAAGAAGGGAGGUGUGACAGAGAACACAUCCUACUACAUCUUCACCCAGUGCCCCGACGGGGCCUUCGAGGCCUUCCCCGUGCACAACUGGUAUAAUUUCACGCCGCUGGCCCGGCACCGCACGCUCACUGCCGAGGAGGCCGAGGAGGAGUGGGAGAGGUGAGUGGACUGUGUGGCGGCUGAGGACAGAAGUGAGGGAAAUGGGGUGCCUUGCUGUGGGUAUAUCACCAGGCCCUGUGCUGGGAGCUGGGGACUCGGGUAACCAGGGCAGACCCCACUCAGCCAUUUCGGAGCUGUCAGUUCAGGGGGAAACAGAUAGGAGAGGGUGACCUGGAGCUCAAAUUGGCAGAGCAGGGUGGGAUCUAACUGCCCCCUUGGCUUCCCACAGGCCGCAGGUCACACAGCCUGAUCCACUGCAGGGCAACAGCUCCAGGCAGGGCAUACUGGGAGGGUUUCUCUAGCAGUGUCAUUGGCCUCAGAGGUGGGGCAGGUACAGUUAAGGGCUGUGGAGAGACAGUGCAUGAGGCCAGUGUGGAGUGACUGUGGGCAGGGGGACGAGGCUGGGGGCCCAGAGCACUUGGUCUUGGAUGUUAUGGCUUUGGAUGAGACCUUAGGGCCACCACCGCGCCCUAGCCCUAGGGCGCUUGCAGAUGGUGGGGAGGUCACUUUGGAUGCAUCUGCAAAAUGGCAUUUGCACAGGUCACAGAUCA